CUUUAACUCUUCAUCUUGUCUACAGGCACGGUUGUUUCAUGAAUAAUACUAAGAUCGUCUGUCUUGGGUCAUUUUCAAGUAUUACUGAGACUAUCGAUCUUCAACUGAUCUAAGAAACAUACUGAGAUCAUCAAUUUUGAUCUUUUCUUAAUGUGUUGCUGAGAUCAUUGAUUCUGAACUAUUUAUGAAGUCUCACUGAGACCAUCGAUCUUACACUUGCUUUAGCUUGUUAUCUUGAGUAGGCAGAAGCAAAAGCAGAGGACUUCUGUGCAAGUUCUUCUUUGCUUAUUCGGCAAUCGAUCGAUUCGAACAUAUUCUCGCCACCACAACUGGGUGCAGCAGAAACCCUCAAAAUGUUGACACCUUAUGCAGCAACCAUAGAUGGAUUGCCUCAUGAUGCCCUGGGACGGAUCAUAUUGCCAGGAUCCAGUGAGGAAGAUACCGAGAUGGAUGAGUUGGAUGAGGUCAACAAGCUCGAUGAGACAAACAAGCUCGAUGAGACAAACAAGCUCGACGAGAUCAACAAGCUCAAUGAGUCGAACAACAUAUCAAGUCACUUUGCCAGGCUACCCAACGAGAUAUGGGACAUGAUCGCUUCGUACUUCGUCGAAGACAUCGAGGAAGAGCUCUUCGGGCCAACGGUCCGACUCCUAGAUAAAGGCAUGGACAAGGCUAGUGCCCGGAAACUGCGAGAGCUGCGAGCCUUGAACAAAAGCUUUUAUAUGCGGAUCUCGCCUCUUUUUGCUCGACACAUCCAGAUCAACCCAGCACGCGCCGGGGUUCCCCGACCAUUUCCGCUGCUUGUCUAUCUGACCAACAGCGACUACAACACCCAUGUCCUCCGGGCCGACAUCGCAACCACAAUCGGCCUGUCCAGCGGUGUGAUGCCCUGCCUGCGCAAAUUACCCAACGUCAGAGCUCUGAACUACGACUACCAAGUCCGCGAGUCCCUGAACCCCGGAGAAAUGAUCUAUAUCUGCAACAUCAUUAUGCGCACGCUCUACGAACUGCCGCUUCUGUACCUGACCGAGCUCCGCAUCAGUUUCCCCGUCGUCGAAGAUAACACGGGCUUUUUCCCUCUUGCGUUCUCCAUGGCCCACGGAGACGUAUCGCACGUUCUCCCGCGUCUCACCAACCUGGAGGUGUCGAUCCCAACUUACCGCUUCCACGAAAUUCCCAUGCCAGCGGGUGCCCUGGUCAUGAACCGUAGCUUCUCGGCCUGGAUGUUCUGGCUCGUUCACUGCUCGACGAACCUGCAGUGCCUGACCAUCCGAUCCUCCGGCGGGGUGCUGGACCUCGACUGGGCAGACCUCGAGCACCUGACCAAGCUCCGCGUGCUCAGGCUGGAAGGCGUAUGCCUGUCGGCCGCGACGUUCGGGCGGAUCCUCAGCCUGUCCUAUCAGACACUCCACACCGUCGAGUUGAAGGGCGUCGCGCUGCACAGCUGCACCUGGGAGCGGGUCCUGUGGACGUUGGUGCAGCUCCCCGGCCUGCUGAACUUCAGGAUCCUCGAUUGCGUGUACUCGGCCCAGGGCGCGAGUCGACACCGCGAUCCCCCUGUGCUGACGCCGCAUGGCCCCGAGGUGAGCGAGACCGAGGCGGCGUAUGCGCUCCGCGCGCUGAUGUGUCGGGUCAAUGCGAACCGGCUGGGCCUGGGCAUGGAGCGCAUUGUUCUCUGGGAGAUUUUCUAAUUUGCCUGCGGAAAGCCUGUCCUUCUGUUGUGGUGUUUCGGGCUUGAUUGUGUUUCUGGAUUUACGCCGCUGGUUUGGGACGGUGCUGACGGAGUUUUCGACAACUUUUCCAUUUAUUUGGG